GACGAAUUGUGCUUGCAUCAUACCUCGUGCAUUCUUUAGGCUUCUAUCCAUCACCCUGGUAUCCAGACUGACUGCCUUCGCGAAACGACCGACACUGACGACGACUUCUCUUGCGCCGACCUCCCCACAGAUUCUACUGGGUGACAUUCCGAGUCUAUAAGGCUCAGCCUACGACAAAGCCCCGGUUGCUUCCCCCGACCCCGCUAUCAGCGGACGAGCCCCAGCGUCCAGGCCUAGAUCAUCUGCCACCUCCGUCCCGCCACAACGUCCUCGAUAAGCGACCACGACGCUUGACUCCCCUCGUUGCAUCUCCUUUCGAACCCUCUCCCCUCGUACCCUCCGAUACAUCAAUAAGGCAACAUGUCUGGCUGGGGCCUGGGCUGGUUUGGCGGGGCCUCUGCUCAGAAGCAGAAGAACAACCCCAAGAAUGCCAUCCUUGCGCUGCGGUCGCAGCUCGACAUGCUGCAAAAGCGCGAGAGGCACCUGCAGAACCAGAUGGAUGAGCAAGAUGGCCUGGCCCGGAAACAUGUCACCUCAAACAACAAGUCUGCCGCGAAGAUCGCACUGAAACGCAAGAAGCAGCACGAGCACAGCCUCGAACAGACUGUAGCGCAGAUCGGAACGUUAGAGCAACAAAUAAACGCCAUCGAGUCCGCCAACAUUAACAAGGAAACGCUUGCGGCAAUGGAGAAGGCCAGCGAAGCGAUGAAGGCAAUACAUGGCAAGCUCACGCCCGAGAAGGUGGACGAGACUAUGGACAAGCUACGGGACCAGAACGCGCUCAGCGAAGAGAUCGUCAAUGCCAUUACGAGCAACCAGAUCGGGGACCCCAUCGACGACGACGAGCUGGAGAGGGAGCUCGACGAUUUACAGCAGGAGGAGCUGGACGAACAGAUGCUCAAGACCGGGACAGUUCCAGUGUCGGAUCAGAUCCAGCGAGUCCCCGCCGCACCUCAAGACAUCAAGGGCAAGACGCCGGUUGCACAGGAGGACGACGAGGAGGAGGAGCUGCGGAAGCUGCAGGCCGAGAUGGCCAUGUGAGAGGCCCCGGAUGGCCAGGAGGGCAGAUACGGUGUCAGGAGCAUAUAACGAGGGCAUGUCCAGAGACGUUUUGGCCUGGUGACAGAAGUAGACAAGGAGACUGUCCAGAGCAGAUGGGCGUGAUGAACUGCUUCCGGAAAUCCUUCCGCGACUGGCGUUGGCGUACAGGAGGCUGCAUUCGUGAUUGCGAGGAUAUCAGGGGACAGAAGGGAGGCAGCCAGCUAUACAAUUUCCGAGCCACAUUGAACGGUACGUUGUACUGCCUGCGCAUCUGUGCUUGACAGUCCGACUUAUUAGGAGAUUACAUGUGGAGGGCUGCAUGGGGCACCAUAUUCGUGGCGCACAGGUCAUAUCAUACCUGAUCAGCCCAAGAGCUGCGUAGCCAAUAGACUGAAGUGCCGAAUGUGUUAGCAGAGAGCACUAUAGAGAGCGUAGAACCUCGACCUCACUACCGCCAAGGAUCCGAGUUCAAGUUGGGCAGCACCAAAGUCGGGUGUCAGCGUGUCUGGAUGGCAGGCGAGGCUGUCAGCAGGCAAAGAGUAGCUGCUCAGCCUGACCUCCCAGUCAGGCGGGCCCUUCUGUUGGGGGGUGGAGAUGCUUGCUGCAUCCAGACUGUGGGACUGGUUCAUGCUGUGUCCACUAUCUGUCAAUAGUCGGGCUCGCAGCCGGCAGUGGGUGUCAUGUUUGCUUGGCCAAGUAAGCUCUGGCUACGCGUAAGGUAUCAGACCGAUAUGUGUGUGGAGGCAAUGGAGGUUAGACGAGUAAGGACAUGAUGGAGUCGAC